AGUACAGUAAGAUAGCCCGUGCCUGCGGUCAACUUCUGGGCCUAGCUAUUAAUUAUUGUAGCCCUUAAUAUUUUUUCCUAAACUCAUUGAUUAUAUAUCUAUAUCCAUAUUAUCACAAGGUUCCCCAAACUCCAUUGAUCAGAGCAAAGUUUUGUUAUCAAGAGCAAUGCGAAAGAGUAAUAGGGAAUGCUUUCUGGCUUUGCUCCGAUGUUCAUGGCUUCUCUUGGCCUUUCAAGCAAGUUCAACCUUAGCCGAGAGGUCUACCUAUAUUGUCCACAUGGACAAGUCCCUGAUGCCCAAGGCUUUCUCUAGCCAUCUCCAUUGGUACGCUUCCACCAUUGAUUCCAUAAAGCCCACGGGCCCUGCUAUGUCAAAUGCUCGUUCUUCCAAGCCAAGCCUUCUCUAUACUUACGACAAUGCAUUCCAUGGCUUCAGUGCCGUUCUCUCAGAAGAUGAGCUCGAGACGCUGAAGAAGUCCCCGGGCUUCGUCUCGUCGUACAUCGACCGGGAAGUGAAGGUUGACACCACCCACACCUUCGAAUUUCUCUCCCUCAAUCCCGCCACUGGACUAUGGCCUGCAUCCGAUUACGGCAGGGAUGUUAUUGUCGGUGUCAUCGACACCGGAGUGUGGCCGGAGAGUGCCAGCUUCAAGGACGAUGGGAUGACCCAAAUUCCCAAGAAAUGGAAAGGGAUUUGCCAGGAAGGACAAGAAUUCAAUUCUUCCUUGUGUAAUUUGAAGCUCAUAGGAGCUAGAUACUUCAACAAGGGGGUAAUAGCUGCCAAACCCAACAUUACGAUCAGUAUGAACUCGGCGAGGGACACUCAGGGCCAUGGCACGCACACUGCUUCGACUGUAGCCGGAAACUAUGUCGAUGGAGCCUCAUUCUUCGGCUACGCUUUGGGAACCGCAAGAGGGGUAGCCCCGCGAGCUAGGCUGGCCAUGUACAAGGUUCUUUGGAACGAAGGACGCUACGCUUCGGAUGUUCUCGCCGGCAUGGACCAGGCAGUGGCUGAUGGCGUCGAUGUCAUAUCGAUUUCCAUGGGCUUCGAUAACGUUCCUCUUUAUGAGGAUCCCAUUGGCAUAGCAUCAUUCGGAGCCAUGGAGAAGCGAGUAGUCGUUUCUUCCUCAGCAGGAAACGAUGGUCCAGACCUCGGCCUCUUGCAUAAUGGCAUUCCAUGGGUCCUUACUGUGGCAGCCGGCUCCGUCGACCGGUGGUUCGCCGGGACAGUGACGUUAGGAAAUGGGUUAACCAUCAAAGGAUGGAGCAUGUUUCCAGCCAGAGCUUUGGUACGAAAUCAGCCUCUCCUCUACAACAAGUCUCUGUCUGCUUGCAAUUCUGUUCAACGAUUAUCUGAAGCUCCGGAUUCCAUUGUCAUAUGUGAUAACGUCGAGUUUUUCGACAUACAAAUCCAUGUUAUUGCCCAGUCAGGCAAGCCCGCAGCCAUCUUCAUCUCCAAUGAUUCAGACGUAUUCCGCACCAGAACUUUCCCCUUUCCCGGGGCUGUAAUUACAGUAAAGGACGCACCUGAAUUACUUAAAUACGCCGAGACUGCGACCGAACCAACAGCCAGCAUCACAUUCCAACAGACGUUUGUGGGCAUAGAGCCUGCACCGACAGUUGCCAGCUAUACUUCAAGAGGCCCUGCACCGAGCUAUCCCGGUAUCUUGAAGCCAGAUGUGAUGGCCCCUGGCACUUUAAUUCUGGCCGCUUGGAGUCCACAAGUGCCCGCAUCAAUAAUUGCUCCAAAUAUAAUAUUGUCCUCCGAUUACAACGUGAUCUCAGGCACGUCCAUGUCUUGCCCUCAUGCUUCUGGGAUUGCAGCGCUGCUCAAAGGGGCGCACCCGGAAUGGAGCCCCGCCGCCAUUCGAUCUGCCAUGAUGACCACGGCGAACCCAUUUGAUAACACUGGUAAGCCUAUUCUGGACAUUUACUUCGGGUUUGAAGCCGCCACGCCACUGGCUAUGGGGGCUGGCGAGAUUGAUCCCAACAAGGCGCUUGAUCCCGGCCUCGUAUACGAUGCUACUCCACAAGACUACGUGAAUCUCCUCUGCUCCAUGAACUUCACUGCUAGCCAAAUCAUGACCAUAACCAGAUCGAGCAAUAACCGCUGCGCCAACGCUUCAUCGGAUCUUAAUUACCCUUCCUUCAUUGCCCUGUACACGAAAAAAAUGACGAGGAUUCAGACAUUUCAGAGGACUGUGACGAAUGUUGGAGGUGGUGCGGUUGUUUACAGGGCAGCAGUGAGAGCGCCAAAGGGCUCUAAAGUGACGGUGUCGCCAGAAACAUUGGUGUUCAGCAAAAGGUAUGAGCAGCAAAGGUAUUCUUUGACGAUACGUUAUAAGGGUGACAAGAAGAAUUCAGUGACGUCCGGGACGCUGGUUUGGAUUGAAGAGAAUGGAAACCACACAGUGAGGAGUCCUAUUGUUGUGUCACCCAUAAUGAACGUUUGGUGAAGAUAAAUCUUGCAAGAAAAAUGAUAUCUGUCAUCUCUGCAUAGAAAAUAAGAUUUUAUUAUUUCCACCUUAAUCUAAAAGGAUCUUUUGCCAAAAUAA